GUUAUGCGCUCCCCGUCUGCAGCCCCGCCGAGCCGCAGGACCUCCUGGUCAGCCUCCUCCUGGCCCUAGCCAAGCGGGACGUCUGUUUGACCAGGAAGGAGGCUCCAGCCAGGGAAGCCGUCGGGGACUGCCGGGCUCCUUUGCUGUCCUGGUUCAACUCGCGUCUGCAGGCAGAGUUUCAUCGGGCAGCAUCCGCUAGCCCCUUGGACUCGUUGGAGGGCCGGCGGCCCCUCGCUUUAAAUUGAAAAGAAAAUGUCACUUUAUGAUGACCUGGGAGUCGAGACCAGCGACUCAAAAACAGAAGGCUGGUCCAAAAAUUUCAAACUGCUACAGUCCCAGCUGCAAGUGAAGAAAGCAGCUCUUACGCAAGCAAAGGUACAGAGUCAGAGAACAAAACAAACAACAGUGCUUGCUCCAGUGAUAGACCUGAAGCGAGGAAGCUCUUCUGAUGAGAGGCAAAUUGUGGACACGCCACCCCAUGUGGCACCAGGGCUAAAGGAUCCUGUACCUAGUGGUUUUUCUGCAGGAGACGUGUUGAUUCCUUUGGCUGAUGAAUACGAUCCUAUGUUUCCCAAUGAUUAUGAGAAGGUAGUAAAACGCCAGAGGGAGGAACGACAACGACAGCGAGAGCUGGAGAGGCAAAAAGAGAUUGAAGAAAGAGAAAAGAGACGUAAAGACAGGCAUGAAGCCAGUGGAUUUUCAAGAAGACCAGAUCCAGAUUCUGAUGAAGAUGAAGACUAUGAAAGGGAGAGAAGGAAAAGAAGUAUGGGCGGAGCUGCCAUCGCACCACCUACUUCCCUUGUUGAAAAGGACAAGGAACCUGUAACAUCAUUUCCAUUUGAAGAGGAGGCAAGACCUCGUGCUCCGUCUGCUAAAGCAGCUAUCCCUCCUCCAGUGUAUGAUGAGCCAGAAAGACCUCGGUCCCCAACAGGACCUAGUAAUUCUUUCCUUGCUAACAUGGGAGGCACAGUAGCGCACAAAAUCAUGCAAAAGUACGGUUUCAGAGAGGGCCAAGGGCUGGGGAAGCAUGAACAAGGGCUAAGCACUGCGCUGUCAGUAGAGAAAACAAGCAAGAGGGGCGGCAAGAUCAUUAUCGGUGAAGUUACAGAUAAAGACGUGGGGAAGAAAUCUGAUUCAAAUCCAUUAACAGAGAUACUGAAGUGUCCAACUAAAGUGGUUUUACUAAGGAAUAUGGUGGGGGCAGGAGAGGUUGAUGAAGAUCUAGAAGUUGAAACAAAGGAAGAAUGUGAAAAAUAUGGGAAAGUUGGGAAGUGUGUCAUCUUUGAGAUUCCGGGUGCAGCUGAUGAUGAAGCUGUGAGAAUAUUUUUAGAGUUUGAGAGGGUUGAAUCAGCCAUUAAGGCUGUUGUGGAUCUAAAUGGAAGGUACUUUGGUGGCCGAGUGGUGAAGGCUUGCUUCUACAACCUGGAUAAGUUCAGAGUACUGGAUCUGGCAGAGCAAGUCUGAUUUAACAGCAAAAAAUAACAUAGCUCAAGGUGUCACUGUUUUGGCAAUCACAUUUUCAGCUCUAGGCUGGGGAGAGAGGAGACAGCGGCAUUCCUAGCAAACUGGAAACAAGCCUCCUUAAAUGGAUUCUCACAUUCACUGAGACUGACACUUAUUUUUGGUAGUAGAAAGUCCCUUGAAAAUAAGAUUCACAUCUGUGUGUGCUGAAUCGCACAAGUUCUGUUUACUGAUUGGGAAUCCUGGGGUUUUUUCUUUUUCUUUUUGUUGCUUUCAAAUAAUUGCACUUUUGAAACCCAGUGCUGAGGAGAUGCUUUAUGCGUGUUUCCGGUUUCCUCAUUCAAGUGCUUUAGUAUGGAGCCCAUUGUGCUGCAUUUGCAGCGAGCAGCAAACUUCGGGAAAGGACCGUGGGCUCUGAUGCUCCUUUUUCCUGCUGAAAUCUCUGCUCCGCUCAUAAACCACCAGUUUCCAUAAUCCAAAGUGAUGAGGGGAUUUGGGACAGUCAGCCACUUGUCUGUUCUCUUCUGACUGAUUGAGGAUGUGUUUUAGAGGAAAACGCUGAACCCUAAAACCUGAAGAGAGAAGUGAUAAGAGAAGGUUUCAAAAUCCUUUUUUUCUGUUGGUUCAGGGUGGGUGCAAUUUUAUAAUUUUAAACCCAGGAAAACAGGGAAGAGGAACCCAUUCAAAUCUUCUAACCUUUGUAUGUAAUAUGAAUGAGUUUGGUCUCCUGAGUGGACACUUCACAAGAUCUUUACACUGUCAGGCAUUAUGUGUAAUCUUUGCUUGAAAGAGCUAGGGCUGGUCCAGUAGAAGUACAGGUUGGUAUUAAAUUGCUGUGUGUAUAACUCGGGGAUCUUGUCUUCAUCAUAUUUGGUUCUAGUCUGUUAACUGUUUCUCAGUUUACCAACAUCAGAUAUGUCCACCAAUUGUUUAAAUGAUUUUUUAUGACAUUUGUAAUUCUGUUAUGCAUUUAAAAGAGCCUAGCGGUUUGCACUCACUUUGCAAUGCAGUGUGAUGGAAAAAAAAUCUUAGUAUGUGAAUACAAAAGAUUCACAGUUGACAAAAAACACCAAAAAGCAUGUUUCUUUCUUGGUUUGAAUUGCACAUAGCAGCCACUGCCUUGUUUUAUGAAACAGUAUGUGCAUUGGAUCAGGGAAUUUUUCCAUUACCAGAUGCAGAGGGAUGAAGCAUACAGAUUAUGGUAGAAGUGCCACUGGAAUUGUACAAGAUAUGAAUUCGAUACCAGCUUGAGAACAGUCUAGCUUUUGGAUGUGGAGCUACAGGUGUCUUUUUCCCGUUGUGUACAUGUAUUUUUACUGGGUGUAGAGCAGUCCUUGAGCCAUGGUGUUAAUAUUUUAAGUCAUUGCCAUUUUUAAUUUUAUCAGCUGACCCCUGUAAAACAAACUCUUGGUUUUGUUUUUUUGCGCAUAUUCUGUCUGUUCAUUUUGCCAUCAGUCUCUGUACAAAUCUUCGUUUCCUGUUUUACAGGUUUUUUUGUUUUUUUAAAGAAAACCUUGUGUUUUACUAA